UGGGGACACGACCCGGGACGCUGCCCCCCCGCCCUUGGCCCUCUUUUUCCCCCCCCUCUCGCCCUCUUUUUUCCCCUCCUGCCAGCAUGGUUCUGCUCACCAUGAUCAGCCGGGUCCAAGACGGGCUGCUUUUGGCUGCCUCCAUGCAAGAAACGGAGCAGUCAAAUCGGAAUUUUCAAGAAUAUCACAAUCAAGCCAAACAGCUUUUCCGAAAACUUGGGGAUCAUUCGCCAAAUCGAUGCUCAUUGCAGGCUGGAACGAUGACUUUUCAUUACCUGAUCAGCCAGGGGAUUUGUUACCUGACACUCUGCGAAGCUAACUAUUCAAAGAAGUUGGCCUUCUCCUAUCUGGAAGAGCUGCAAACGGAAUUCUGGGAACUUUACGGAAAGAAAAUCUCAUCCGUGUCCCGGCCUUACGCCUUCAUUGAGUUUGACAUUUACAUCCAGAAGCUGAAGAAAUCCUACUUAGACACUUGGUCAAAACGCCAUCUAAGCAAUAUCAACACGGAGCUCCAGGACGUUCAGAAGAUCAUGGUGACCAACAUUGAAGAAGUCCUCCAAAGAGGGGAGACCUUAUCAGCUCUGGACUCCAAAGCCAGCAACCUGUCAACCCUCUCUAAGAAAUACCGCCAUGAUGCCAAGCUCCUCAACAGCCGCUCCGCUUACGCCAAAGCUGCCGCCACCGGCCUCAUCUUCAUGGUGCUUCUGCUCUACGUCCGCUUCUGGUGGCUGGUGUGACCCAAUAUCUCCCUCUUGUUUCCAAAGCCCCGUGUGACUUGGGCUUUUGCUUUGAGGAGAAACAUGGAAAUACCCCAAAGUUUGCCCCUCGGGAUGAUGUUCCUGUUUUUGGCAUCACCCCCAUUUGCAUGGUUGGCCUUACAACGGCAGCUGCAAGAUGCCGAGUGGACCUACGACUAUUUAUAAUGGGGAAAAAGUGAGGAGAGAUUUGUGGCUUUUCAUAGCUCAGCUUUUCUUUCAACAAAGCUCUUACAGCAUUUGUCAACGGCUAGCAGGUUGAUUGUGUCAUUGGCUCCUGCUGCAAUAAAUCUGUAGCUUUUGUGUGUGUUUUUUUAACAUACUACAAGUCUGUGUUACUAUCAGCAUGCUGGGCCAGGGGUG